AUGGCCAUAGCCUUGGCCCUUCAGACAGCAGAGAUGCAGGAGGGACUUCUAGCAGUUAAAGUAAAAGAGGAAGAGGGGGACCAUGCCUAUGGGCAAGAAUCUGGCCUGUCAAGAGAUAACCCUCAUACCAGAGAGAUCUUUCGUAGACGCUUCAGACAGUUCUGCUACCAGGAGACACCUGGGCCUCGAGAGGCUCUUCGAAGACUCCAGGAGCUCUGCUAUCAGUGGCUGAGACCAGAGAUACACACCAAAGAGCAGAUCCUGGAGCUGCUGGUGCUGGAGCAGUUUCUGACCAUCUUGCCCGAGGAGCUCCAGGCCUGGGUGAGAGAGUACCGCCCAGUGAGUGGAGAGGAGGCAGUAACUGUGCUGGAGGAUCUGGAGAGAGAGCUGGAUGAACCAGGAGAGCAGGUCCCAGCCCAUGAUCAUGAACAGGAAGAGCUUGUGAAGGAGAAAGCAACUCUAGGAGCAGCCCAGGAGUCGUCAAGUGGCCAGCUCCAAACCUUGGAAGAGCAGCCUCAGUGGAAUUUGCAAGGGGUGUGCCCGGUUCAGGAGAUAGAGGAUGAGGCUGGGACUUGGAAUGUGGAGUUAGCCCCGAAGAGGGAGCUGCCUAAAGAAACAAAAUCUCAUGUGGAAGUACCUGAAAAAUUGAAUGGUGAUAUUAUUCCAGUGCCUGAAUGUGGAGACACCUGUAACCACGAAGGCAGAUUGGAAAGGCAACGGGUAAGCUCUUCAGUGGAGAGACCCUAUAUCUGUGGUGAAUGUGGGAAAAGCUUCACCCAGAAUUCUAUCCUCAUCGAGCACCAGAGAACGCACACGGGCGAGAAGCCCUAUGAGUGUGAUGAGUGUGGGCGGGCCUUCAGCCAGCGGUCAGGCCUGUUCCAGCACCAGAGACUCCACACUGGGGAGAAGCGCUACCAGUGCACCGUUUGUGGCAAAGCCUUUAGCCAGAAUGCUGGGCUUUUCCAUCACCUCCGGAUCCACACGGGGGAAAAACCUUACCAGUGCAAUCAGUGCAGUAAGAGCUUUAGUCGACGUUCUGUCCUCAUUAAGCAUCAGAGAAUUCACACUGGAGAAAGACCUUAUGAAUGUGAAGAAUGUGGGAAGAACUUCAUUUACCAUUGCAACCUCAUCCAGCAUCGGAAAGUCCAUCCUGUGGCUGAAUCCAGCUAGCUCCUUGGAACAGGUAGGGUGAAAUUUCCUGACGUCAGACACUAGGCACAGUAGCAAGGGUUCUGGUUCUUACUUUGUCCCUGAGAGAACAGUAAUAGUUUAAUCCUCUAGUGUAGGAAGCUCCAAGGAAAACGAGUGAAAAUGUCCUUAUUUUUAUGCUGAGAGAUGUAUAAUAUCUUAAAUACAUCUGUCAAAAUCUUUUUGGUCAGUGACAUCCAUAUAACUGCAAUACUGAAUACUGUUGUGUUGACUUCGUCAACAUAGUCUCACACACAUUUGUCCCAAAAGUUUUCUA